UCGAAAAAACGCGGCUGCCAUAAUACGCGUAACAACAUAACUUCUGUUUGGUGACUCUUUUCUCCUAAAAACCAUGUAUAAAACAUUAUUGGAAACAUUAAAGAAAUACGGGUUGGCUUCGUACUAUGUAGAUCUCUACCGUCUUGGCAUUCAACCUAAAGAAAUAAUGGCGCAGAUUUCAAUCAAUGAGUUUCCCCAAGUGAAAUUCAAAGCACCCGAGGACGAAAUGAAAUUUAAAGCCAUGUUUUAUGAUCUACAACAUUCAGCGGCUGCCGAAGAUAGCGAAACCAACACAGAGACCAACUUCAAUUCGGAACCCAAAGAGAAUACAGGAUCCGGCGAAAGAAGCUACCAACCUAAGAGUCCCAAGGAACCGUCUAGUACCUCAGAGCCCAUACGCAGCAACAACAGCAACAGCAACAACAGCAACAACAGCAACAGCAGCAACAACAGCAACAAUAACAACAAUAACAACAAUAACAAGACCGAAGUAAUCACUCCGAUCUCUACACUCUCAAAAGUAGCCGAUCAAAGACCCUUCAACGAUUUUGCUGUACCCGUCAGUAAACAGGAUUCUGCCUCUAAAAAACGGGCGUUUCCUGCCACCAAACAUUCCCCCGAGCGAAACGUGCGUCGUAUGACUAGCUCUGUCAAUGUACAGCGUACGUCUCCUCUACCACGUAUACCCGCGCAACGUACACCGCCUUCAAAAGCAGUUCCUCGUCGCAUUUCUACCGUGCCCGCACAGAGAAUUAAUAAACCAAAUAUCACACCUCCCAUGACACCUACAAUCAGUAUCAACAAUGACUUGAAUCAGCGUAUUCGUGUCUGUGUCAGAAAGAGACCAUUAAAUAAAAAAGAAAAGGAUAUGCAACAAUCGGAUAUUGUUAAUUUAGUAGGCGAAAGGACCAUCCAACUCAACGCACCCAAAACCAAAAUCGAUCUGACACCCUAUAUUGAGAAACACGCAUUUACAUUUGACGAUGCUUUUGAUAGUAAUUCUAGCAACGCAGAUAUUUAUGCACGUACAGCUCAACCUUUAGUGGAUUAUAUCUUCAGUGGUGGUAAAGCUACAUGCUUCGCCUAUGGACAAACAGGAUCCGGUAAGACGUACACAAUGCUCGACUCACGCCAUGGUUUGUACGUCCUUGCAGCCCAAGAUAUAUUCCGGAUGCUAUCUAAACCCGCUUAUUCGCAUUUACAAGCAACCGUUGGACUCUACGAAAUUUAUCAAGGUCAAUUGUUUGACCUGUUAAACAAGCGCGAGAAGUUAACAGCGAGGGAUGAUGGGCAUAACAAUAUUGUGAUUGCUGGACUACGUGAGUGUUAUAUCAAUGAUGUGGAGGAUUUAAUGGAUACGUUUGAAUCAGGAAACCGUGUUAGAACUACAGGUACAACUGGCGCAAAUAACGCUUCCUCUCGAUCGCAUGCUGUCCUUCAAAUCUUACUCAAGUCAUCAGAUGAUGAUAUUUUCGGUAAAUUGAGUUUUAUCGAUUUAGCAGGAAGUGAACGAGGCGCUGAUCGAGGUGAAGCCGAUACCAAAACAAGAAUGGAGGGAGCAGAGAUCAACAAGAGUUUAUUGGCACUGAAAGAGUGUAUUCGUGCAUUGGAUCAAGACAAAAAGCAUACGCCAUUUAGAGGAAGUAAAUUAACACAGGUGUUACGAGACUCGUUUACAGGCAAUUCACGCACGUGUAUGAUUGCCACGAUCUCUCCUAACAAUACUAACAGCGAACACACAUUGAAUACAUUGCGUUAUGCUGAUCGAGUAAAACAAUUGAAGGGAGAAUCCGAUCCUCGUAUUCAACAAGGAGGCCAUCAAUUAACAAAUUUAGUGGAUGGAGAUACCGAUGCUAGUAGCUACGGAAGUUGGGGUGACGAUGAGAAUUUGUUGGAUGAGGAUUUUCCUGUGGAAGCGGCAGCCAAUGCCUUAGCCACACCUACCAAUAACCGAUUUGAAUCCAUCUUGGAACAUCAGCAAGUGAAUUAUUUAAAACGACUCGAGUCGCCACCUGCCGAAGUAUUUAGCAAAGACAUUAAAAUGGAGGACCCGUUCUUUUCAUCGCCCGUGCGUUUAAAUUUACCUUCUGACAAUGAUGUGGAUACUGAAAUGAGCAGUUUGGAAAUUGCCAAUAAGACAAAAGUUAGAAACGUACAACAUAUUCGAAACAUUUUAAAGGCUCAUCGAAAUAGCAUGAAGCAAUAUGAUGAACACAUCAGAGAAGAGGAACAAAUUUUAGCUAGGUUAUCUUUAGCCAUUUCCGAACACGAAGAAGAUGAGGAAUCUGACCAAAUCAAUGAAGCUUUCGAAACUUAUCUAAAUGAUUUAGAUGAGAUCCUGUUUCAUAAAACUGCGAUCAUUGAUCAUAUGAAGAGUAUCAUUUAAUUUUUUUUUUUUUUUUUUUUUUUUUAUGUAUUAUAAUAAACUAGCG